AUGCCGAAAACGCGCUCCUCCCAGCGCCCUCGGUCGACGUCUUCCCCCAUUCCCUCGACGUUCACCGACUCCCUUCCUCUCCCAACGAUAAUAGUUUUCGACCUAGACUAUACGCUGUGGCCCUUUUGGGUGGAUACGCACGUCUCGGCGCCUGUUAAACCACAGACCUCAGACCAAGGGCAAUUGAAUACCCGCAUGCUUGAUCGCUUCGGAGAAUCGUUUGGAUUCUACUCCGAGGUACCUCAGAUACUGGCCGCCGCACGGGAGAAAGGCAUCCUCAUGAGCUUGGCGAGUAGAACCCAUGCGCCAGACCUGGCAAGGGACAUGUUAAAAGGCCUCCAUAUCCCUGCUUCAACGCAGGGUGAGUCUACAGAGAAACCAGAUAUCAAACCGUUAAGAGCAAUCGAGCUGUUCUCCCAUCCACAAAUAUACCCGGGUUCUAAAACAACGCAUUUCCGCCGUCUUCAGACGCAACUUGCAAAGUCACCACCAUCGUCUGCUGUUGGAACUGUACCAUUCGAGGAAAUGCUCUUCUUCGAUGACGAAGGUAGGAAUCGUAACGUGGAAACAGAAUUGGGAGUCACAUUUUAUCUUGUUCCAGAUGGAGUCAAUAGAGAAGAGGUGGAUCGAGGAGUCUGGGAAUGGAGGAGAAGGAGAGGAAUCACACCGAGUGACUCGAGAAACGGGGAGCAGGUUGCCGAGUUGGAGGGCUGA